AUGCCGGAGGCAUCCUCAGUUGAGGUGCUCCAACUUGUCUUGGCAUCUGCCGAGGAGAUAAUAAAUCUCUCGGAGAUGACGUGGGAUCUGUUCCUGUCCGAACUAAAGGAGGGAAAGAUCCACGAGAUAGUCGCACCAGUUCCAAAAGAGAACGUGGUGGACUGUUGCUCAUCGUCCACGAUGGACGAGAGCGUCUUGGAGACCGACAAAUAG